CUCUCUCUCUCCUCACAUAAUCACAUCUCAUCGCCAAAAAUAUAUGGCCCUGCGCUCUCCUCCUUUGCGCAAAGGUGCGUCGCUGCGUGCCGACGCUGCGUCCUGCGCCUCCUUUUCUCCCCUCGGUGAUGCGCCCUUGUCUUCACUGCUUCACUCUGGUUUUCAGAGCUAAUAAUCGUUUCGCUCUCCACUGUGAGACGAAGGUAGCCGUCGGCGCACCGGAGUACUAGAUAAAACAUGGCGCAUGAUCCCAGCCUAGCGUACGCGGACUACUUCGCGGCGGGCGGCGGCGAGGCGGGGCUCGUGCAGGAGGUGGGCGCGGGGGAGGAGGAAGAUCGACUGUACGGCGGCGUGCAGGAGCACGGGGCGGUGGAGAUGUUCGGGGCCAGGGGUCUCGUGCCGGGCGCGAUGAUGGCCGCCGCCGCGUCGGCGCACGGCAAGGCCGCGCUCGGCGACUUCGUCCUCGGCGAGGAGCACGCGCCGCAGCACCACCGGCAGGGAUACCAGGCGCCCUUGACAUCCCUGUCGCUCCACGGGCCCGCCGAGGCCGCGUCGCUGGCGCUGCACCAUCACCACCAGCUCGUCGGCGGCGCGCACAGGCAGCACCAGCACCAGGCCUGGCCUCAGCAGGGAGCGUGGCACCUGCGGGGCUCCAGGUUCCUAAUCCCGACGCAGCAGCUGCUGCACGAAUUCUGCAGCCUCCCCGUGGAGACCACCAGCCUAGCUGCUUCCAAGCCACCGACGAAGCCGGCGAACGAGGACGCCGGCUCGUCGUCCUCGGCCCCGUCGGCGCAGAUCCAGGCCAUGGACGCCGCCGAGUUGCAGAGGCUCAAGUCCAAGCUCUACGCCAUGUUCGAAGAGGUGGAUAGGAGGUACAGAAGGUACCGCGAGCAGAUGGGAGCGGUGGCGGGGUCAUUCGAGGCGGUGGCCGGGGCGCGGGCGGCGGCGGCGUACACGAGGCUGGCAUCGCGGACGAUCUCCAGGCACUUCCGGACCCUGAGGAACGGGGUGGCAGCGCAGAUGCAGGCGGUGCGCAGGGCGCUCGGCGAGAAGGACACGGCCGAGGUCCCGGGGGCCGGGGCGACCAAGGGCGAGACGACGCCCAGGCUGCGGGUGCUGGACCAGUGCCUGAGGCAGCACAGGACGUACCAGGCCGGCGUGCUCGAGAGCCAGCCGUGGCGGCCGCAGCGCGGGCUACCGGAGCGCGCCGUCUCCAUCCUCCGGGCCUGGCUGUUCGAGCACUUCCUGCACCCGUACCCAAGCGACGUGGAUAAGCACAUCCUUGCGCGCCAGACGGGCCUAUCGCGCAGCCAAGUCUCCAACUGGUUCAUCAACGCGAGGGUGAGGCUGUGGAAGCCAAUGGUGGAGGAGAUGUACGCGGAGGAGAUGAAGGACCCGCAGGAGGGCGCGUGCAGUAACGCGAAGAACACUUACCCUAGCGGAUAUUCCUCCGACGGGCAGGGUCACGCCGGUGCCAGCGGCGAGGACGGGGGCGAGAGGAAGCCGACGCGGGCGCAGCUGCUCCACGACGCCGGGUCGCUGGCCUCCGUCGUGAGCAUUGGCAACAGGGACCAGCAUAAUCUCAACUUUGGCAUGAUGGACCACCUCGACUUCGACGCGUACAACGACGACGAACACGCCGCGGCGGGCGGGCACGGGUUCGGCACCGGCACCGGCGUGUCCCUGACGCUCGGGCUGCAGCAGCACGCCGACCCGCACGGCGCGGGAGGCGUGAACAUCGCGUUUGCCUCUGCCCCGGCGACGGCGCAUGAGUUCCUGUUCAUGGCGGGCGGCGAGCAGCAAGCGAUGGUCGCCGGUGGCGCCGUGCACCCGGGCGACCACGGCCAGUUCGGCGCCGGCAUGGAGAGCGACGCCGUGGCCGCCUCGCACUACCACCGGGGCCUAAGCGCCGCCACCGGGUUCCAGCUCCUCCACGACCUGGCCGGCUGAUGGCAUUAGCAAUCACAGGGGACGCGCUGUGAUCUUGGUGAUGGCCAGAGCAGAUGGUUUCCGUUUCCCGCUUUGCUUUGGAGCUCGACGCGCGCGGGAUGUGCACGCCGCUUUGGAUUUUUGUAGCGUUUAGAUUCCUCUCGUUAAUUCUUGGCAGGUUGCCUCUGCCGAUAUGUGUAUCAGACUGAUAGUGCAUCUCGCUCUCCAUUGGCAGUUCGGCGGCCAUUGCCAUUGCCAUUGCGCGGACGUCUUGCUACUUGCCAUCAGCCACAGGCACGCGUUGCUGUUGCACCGUACCAUGCAUAGCGAUAUCAUCAUCCGUGCAGCUGCAUGCACGGGCGGGCGAACCGUGUGCGUUGCUCUGGUCCUGCGUGCGCCUGUGCUGUACCGCCCUGUACGUCCAAGAUUCGACGAGGAUCGUCGACCUACCUGGCUUUAUUAGCACUUAAUCAUGUCCGGAAUUCAGUA